GUGCUCGAGAGCUGGCGGGGGGGCAGGCUCCAGGCCUGGCAUCCCGGUAGCUGCCGCUGUCUUUUCCGGCACCCGCGCCCCCUCUUCGCCUAGCGGACCCCCGGCCCUUGGGGCGCCCCCUCCCCGGGCGGCUGCGUCUUCGGGGGCUCGCACCCAGGCCGCACACCCUCAGUCUGCACCCCACCAUGGCCAGCGAGAACUCUCCCCUGCUGGCCUACCGGCUCCUGGGGGAGGAGGGGGUAUCCUUCCCGCCCAAUGGGGCUGGGGGACCUGGGGGGUCGCCCGCCCGCAGGCUCUCCACCUUCCUAGGGGUGGUGGUGCCCACCGUUCUGUCCAUGUUCGGCAUUGUGGUCUUCAUGAGAAUUGGCUUCGUGGUGGGCCACGCUGGGCUGCUGCAGGCCCUGGCCAUGCUCCUGGUGGCCUACUUCAUCCUGGCCCUCACCGUCCUCUCUGUCUGUGCCAUCGCCACCAACGGGGCUGUGAGGGGGGGCGGUGCCUACUUCAUGAUCAGCCGCACUCUGGGUCCUGAGGUGGGCGGCAGCAUCGGCCUCAUGUUCUACCUGGCUAACGUGUGUGGCUGUGCUGUGUGCCUGCUAGGGCUGGUGGAGGCUGUGCUCGAUGACUUCGGGGCAGAUGCCUCGGGUGCCAGUGGGCUCCGGGUGCUGCCCCAAGGCUACGGCUGGAGUCUGCUCUACGGUUCCCUGCUGCUGGGGCUGGUGGGCGGCGUGUGCACGCUGGGGGCCGGCCUCUAUGCCCGCGCCUCCUUCCUCACCUUCCUGCUGGUGUCUGGCUCCCUGGCCUCCGUGCUGGUCAGCUUUGUGGCCGUGGGGCCCCGGGACAUCCCCCUGACCCCCCGGCCCGGCCCCAAUGGCUCCUCCCUGCCACUCCAGUUCGGCCACUUCACUGGCUUCAAUAGCAGCACCCUCAAGGCCAACUUGGGCGCGGGCUAUGCCAAGGACUACACCACGGGCACCCUGAUGACCUUCGCUAGCGUCUUCGCGGUCCUCUUCAAUGGCUGCACAGGCAUCAUGGCUGGUGCCAACAUGUCAGGGGAGCUGAAGGACCCCAGCCGUGCCAUCCCCCUGGGCACCAUCGUGGCUGUGGCCUAUACCUUCUUCAUCUACAUCCUGCUCUUCUUUCUCUCCAGCUUCACCUGCGACAGGACGCUGCUGCAGGAGGACUAUAGCUUCUUCCGCUCCAUCAGCCUGUGGCCCCCACUGGUCCUCAUCGGUGUCUACGCCACCUCGCUCUCCGCCUCCAUGAGCUCCCUCAUCGGAGCCUCUCGCAUCCUUCAUGCUCUGGCCCAGGACGACCUCUUUGGAGUGGUCCUGGCUCCGGCCAAAGUGGUGACCCGUGGUGGGAACCCCUGGGGGGCCGUGCUGUACUCUUGGGGCCUCGUACAGCUGGUGCUGCUGGCUGGGAAGCUGAACACACUGGCAGCCGUGGUCACUGUCUUCUACCUGGUGGCCUAUGCCGCUGUGGACCUGUCCUGCCUGAGCCUGGAGUGGGCCUCGGCCCCCAACUUCCGCCCCACCUUCAGCCUGUUCUCCUGGCACACCUGCCUGCUGGGCGUCGCUUCUUGCCUGCUCAUGAUGUUCCUGAUCAGCCCGGGGGCGGCCGGUGGCUCCCUACUGCUCAUGGCGCUGCUCUCCGCCCUGCUCACCGCCCGUGGUGGGCCCAGCAGCUGGGGCUACGUCAGCCAGGCCCUGCUUUUCCACCAGGUGCGGAAGUACCUGCUCCGGCUGGACGUGCGCAAGGAGCACGUGAAGUUCUGGCGGCCACAGCUGCUGCUGCUGGUGGGGAACCCGCGGGGAGCCCUGCCCCUGCUGCGCCUGGCCAACCAGCUCAAGAAGGGGGGCCUGUAUGUGCUGGGCCACGUCACCCUGGGGGACCUCGACUGCCUGCCUUCGGACCCCGUGCAGCCGCAGUACGGGGCGUGGCUGAGCCUGGUGGACCGCGCCCAGGUCAAGGCCUUCGUGGACCUCACGCUGUCGCUGUCGGUGCGCCAGGGGGCUCAGCACCUGCUGCGGAUCUCGGGCCUCGGUGGCAUGAAGCCCAACACACUGGUCCUGGGCUUCUACGAUGACACGCCCCCCCAGGACCACUUCCUGACGGACCCUGCUUUCUGCGAGCAGGCUGAUGCCCCCUCAGAAGGCGGAGCCCCCGCCCUCAGCACCCUGUUCCCCCCUCCCCGGGCCCCGGGGAGUCCCCGGGCACUGAGCCCCCAGGACUACGUGGCCACGGUGGUGGACGCCCUGAAGAUGAACAAGAACGUGGUCCUGGCCCGGGGCUGUGGGGCGUUGCCCCCCGAGAGACUGAGCCGGGCAGCCGGGGGCUCCCUGAGGCCGCACCACAUGGACGUGUGGCCCCUGAACCUGCUGCGACCUCGGGGUGGGCCCGGCUACGUGGACGUGUGUGGCCUCUUCCUGCUGCAGAUGGCUACCAUCCUGGGCAUGGUUCCCGCCUGGCACAGCGCCCGUUUGCGCAUCUUCCUGUGCCUGGGCCCCCGAGAGGCGCCCGGAGCAGCUGAGGGCCGUCUGCGGGCCCUGCUCAGCCAGCUGCGCAUCCGGGCCGAAGUGCAUGAGGUGCCUUGGGGCCAGGGCGCCGCGGAGCCCACCCAGGAGGAGGAGGAGGAGGAGGAAGGGGACUUUGUGAACAGCAGCCUUGGGGAUGCAGAGGCCGAGGCCCUGGCUGGCAGCGCCAACGCCCUGGUCCGGGCCCAGCAGGGGCGAGGCCAGAUGGGCAGCCCAGGGGGACCAGAGCGUGGGGAAGCCCCCACAGGACCCACAACGGCCCUCACUUUCCUCUACCUGCCUCGGCCUCCUGCUGACCCGGCCCGCUACCCCCGCUACCUGGGGCUGCUGGAGACUCUCACCCGGGAUCUGGGGCCCACGCUGCUUGUGCAUGGGGUCACUCCUGUCACCUGCACUGACAUCUGAGGCCCAGACACUCCAAGAGCCCCUGGAGGUGGGAGGGAAGAGGAGGAGGGAGUGAAGGAGGAAGAGAAAGAAGAGGAGGAGGAGGAGGAGGGAGGAACUAUGGCCACCUCCCUGCCCCACGUGGGCCACAGGCUGUCAGGAGACCAGGCCCACUCCCUCUCCUGAGUCUCCAGGAGGGCCCCCCCCAUGCACUAAAGUGGGGCUCAGGGGAUCCUUCCCUUCACUGGUGCCUUCACGGGGGGGCUGGGUCUCUGCCCGUGCCCCUAGGCUACCUCAGUCUCCCUCCUCGCCGAGACGCCCCCCAAGUAGACUCGAUGACUGCCCCCCACAAGUUCUGAUGUUUUUUUGUUCAUGUUCUGUUUUUAUUUUUCUAACUGCUGAUCCUGAAUAAUAAUAAUAAAGACCAAAACCACCCCCA